GUUGAUGAUAUCGAUGUGUUUGAAGGCGGCAGAUUUAGGUCACGCAGCGACGAAGUGGGUGCAGCACGAAGAGUGGUGCAGACUGGUGAUGACAGAGUUUUACGAACAAGGAGACGAAGAGGAGUCCUUAGGACUGCCUAAAUCUUUUUUAUGCGAUCGCUCUCUUCAUGAUAAAGAGUUCGUUCCUUCUCAAAUUGGUUUUAUUAAUUUUGUUGUGAAGCCGCUAUAUGAAGAGCUGAGAGCAGCAGAUGAGCUGCUGCAGCUGUCAAAAGGUCAAGAGAUUUCGAGGAUAUGCAUCGCUAAUUUGGAGGCGAAUGCGUUAGAGUGGGAGAAGAAGCAGAAAGAGAAUAAGCGAGAAGAAUAA